UUCUGGGAGACCAUCUCCGAGGAGCAUGGUAUCGACGGCGAGGGUCAGUGGGUCGGAGACAACGAAACACAGCAAUUAGAGCGUAUUGAUGUGUACUACAACGAAGCAUCAGGUGGAAAGUAUGUACCCCGUGCCGUUCUGGUUGAUUUGGAGCCUGGAACCAUGAACUCUGUGCGAGCAGGGAAGAAUGGACAUCUGUUCCGCCCUGAUAACUUCGUAUACGGACAGGUACAUUUGUGA